AUGGCAAACGUUGUGAGUGAUCUCAGUCAUGACAAAGAAGCUAUUGUGCUUUACUUCUUCUGUCGAUACGACAUUCCAGAGAGCUUGAAUCACCGGACAAUUCUCGGCAGUCUAGCCAGGCAGUAUCUAACCUGCUUUCCUAUCGGCAGUGAUGUUUUUGCAGAUGAUUUAUUGGUACCUCAACUAGGAGUCGAGGACUUUGUCCACGUCCUGAGACUGGGUUCAAUGAAGUACAAACAGAAAUACAUAAUCGUGGAUGGCCUCGACGAUUGCAGUACAGAGGAACGUCGAAUCGUUCUAAGCCAGCUCAGAGAGAUCCAGCCAUCAUCGAAGUGGCACCUGGGAGUUUCAGCCCAACUUUCAGCCGAUCAAUUCAUUAAGACCCGACUUGAUCCCAUGUGGAAUAUAAUACUUCCCAACGAGAAUCCAGACAUUGGAUUCUUCAUCGAUUUGGAGAUUCAAGCUCGACUCAAAAACGGUCGUUUAGCCGUUGAAGAUCCUGGUUUGAUCCAAGACAUCAAAGCAGCUCUCAUCGAAGGGGCAAAUGGAAUCUCGCGGCUUUCAGGGACUCUGACUGGUGUCGACUCCAUUCUAUUCGAGCCCUAA